AACUCAGAGCUUCAGAGAGCAAGUCGAAUCCAUGAGGCGUGAGGGUGGAGAGCACUGGUUGUCUUUCUUGAAUGAACUAAAGGUCAGCCCUACACUACAAGACCGUCUUCACAUGCCAUCAGCAAGUGUAUCGUCACAACUGGAAACUCCUUUGCAUGGGGCUUCUCAUGCAGUAGAAAAGAAAGAAAGCAGUAGGAAUUGUAGUCAAACAAUGCUAUCACCGCCAAGACAGCAGGAUUUCAUAACUGGAUGUGGCGUUGCUUGUGAUGCAACAAUUGAGUCAAAACGUUAUGGAAGCCAGCAAAGUUUAUCUUUUGACAACUUGACUUCCAGAUUGGAUUUAGCUGCAGAGAGAAAUGAUGUUUUCAACUUUGGAUUUAGCUCUCAGCUGGAGAACCUGAUCCAUAAUGCUCUAGAACAAAAAUGCGAUAAAUGCGCGCAUCUUGUUACAUCUUGGGUUUCUUCUUUGGCAUGGAGUGAUACUUUGACUUCUGAGAAUAAUUUGCAAGCUCAGGGAGGCGAGCAGUGCAUCUUAACAGUUGAUCGCCAUCAAAUGCUUAUUCUUGAGGUAGGUUUGGACACGGGUUUAACAAGGGCAACAUACUAUCUUCAACACUUGCAGCGUGUGACAGUAGUAGAGAGCAAUGAUCCUGUUCUCAUGUGUGAAUUUCUAUCAAGUGAAAGCCAUUCUCGGUCACUUUGUCAUUGCUACUGUUUCAAAAAGCUGAAGGCAGCUGCACUAGCUUUUUCUCUUGUCUACAACCAUGCAUCCAGAAAAGGGUGGCCUGCUGCUGCAAGGUUAACGCUAGCAAGGUUGGCAAGUCAGAAUGAUGAAAGCAGAUUAUUUAAUUUCUUUCAGCACAAUGUCUCACAAAGGUGUAGUCAUGCAGGAGCAUUAAAUAGAGAAAUUAUUGCUGCAGCACAGAAUGGAGACACUUGCACUGAGGAAAUUCUUGUGUCUUUUAAUGCAUUAUGCCUGCCAUAUUCCAACAUGGAUAGAGAAUUGCCUGUUGCUGUUAUUGUAACCAAUCAUUGUGUUCAUUUAUUGAGAUGCUACAAGGGAGAACGAUCUGACUAUGAAUGGAUGUUUGGGUUGCCAUUGACAUCUCUUCGUCAAGUGGCACUUGGUUUGUUUGAUCAAAGUUUUCGUAUUGAAGCAAGCCAUUUAGGAGCUUCUGGAACAUUUACUAUUCUUACUCGCGAUGGAAGUCUUACAAGUAGUUUUGUUGAAACCAUUCGCAGAGAAGUAGUCCAUGCUCAACAGGGUACUGUGUCUGUGUUUAUGCCUCCAGACGUUGCUGUGCUUGAUCGUUUGCACAACACUCUGUCACAAGAAACAGGAACCACACAACCAUCAACUUGCAGAGACUCUGCUCAACAUGAUCUUGUUCUUUAUAAACUGUUGUUUGAAGUCCUCACAGAUGGAUCACCUGUGGCUCGAACACUUAUAGUUACAUCAGAAGGGAUUUUUCUUUGUGACGAGGAUCUGGUUCACUGGCCGCUGCCAACCUUUGUCUUGAAGGAACCUGCUACACCUCAGUAUGUUGUACUAAAGUACAGACAACUUCAUGACCUAGCCAAUCUUGAACUUAGCCUCAAUGUAAAAUAUGACUUAUUUGACAUUUAUCUUGUCUUUGAUGAUGCUAAAGAAGGUGGAAAGGAAAUGUGGCACUUGAGGACAUCUAGCCAAGCUCACCAGCAGAUGAUUGUUGAUUGCUUGAAGAGACAUUGGAGGGACAUGUACAACACUGACUUGGCUAUAGCUAAACAUAUGAGUAUAGAAUCACCAUCAACUGAUUUAAUUGAUUGCUCUCCUAAACAGAGUGCUCAGUUUGCACUUGACCAACUGAUGCAGUUGAGUUCUGACAAAUUAGUUGAUUUCCUAAGUCGUACUCUAAGCACAGUGGAACAAAUUGUGUACUUUGUUCAGGCUUCGUUUAUGUUGUACACUGCUACCGAAGAGUUUAGUGGGUGUCUCAUCCUUACUUCUACUACUGCAUUGAUUAUCGCAACCAGAUGUAGCUUUCUGUCAGCUCUAAAUUCAACUGUUGAUAUUCAUUGCUUGACAGAACAACUGGCUGCUGUGUCUGUUUCGCUAACAGACUUUGUCCAGGUCACUGUUAGUCUGUUAGACCAGUACGUGCGCAUUGAAGGAAACAACGAGAGACAAACAUUUUCAUGUCUCAUACGAGACAGUCAACAAACAGGGAAGUUGGUGACUAUUUUAAAGCAUCUGGCAGAUGAUGUGACAGUUUUCAGAGAUUCGGAUGCAUGCGGACAUAACUCUAAUGCUUUACAACUGUCACAAUCUCUAGACAAAGAAAGAUCAUUUCCUUUUUCUUCUUUAUCUAACAUCAAAUUUAGUACUCCUACUGAAGACAUGUUAUCAAGUUUAAUUGCUACUUUGAAGGAAAGUACAGUGUCACAGAAUGACAUACCUGUUGUUCAGUACACAUUGCUUUAUGAAUUAGAGGCAAAUGGUAACAAGGUUCCGCGGUCAUUAGUGCUGACUGAUGAAGACAUAUUCUUUCUGAAUGAAGAUUAUGUUCAUUAUCCAGUACCUAGCUUUUGUCGUAGUCCAGUUCUAACUGAUCAGUUUAAGGUAGUCAGCCGUUUCUCAAUCCGAUCUCUAAAGCAGGUUGAAUUCAUUGAUUUUACGAAAAUAAAACGUUUGGGUUUGGUGUUUGCACAAAGUUCACACACUGAUGAAACGAGUGGAGGAACUUUGCAAGAAUCUGAAGUCUUCGAAGGUUUUGUGAAAGUCGACAUUGACGACCACAAUAGUGAGUUACAACUGCCCAAGAGUCUUGUGACUGUCUGGAUUGAAACAGGAUCAUAUUCAGAACGAGAGACUUUGCUGACAAAGCUAAUGGAACAGUACAAUGCCCAACUGCUGAUACCACUUCCUGUUGUAAAGGCAAAGGGGUUAUGACGGUGUGAUAGUUGCAAUUUCUGACAAUGUAGUCUUGUAUUUUAUGCAUAUUUUACAUCAUGUGGAUCAGCUAUUUAGCGAAUUAUAGUGUAUUUUUGCACUGCAUGUUGGCAUUCUUGGCUUUAUGAUUGGCUUUCUGAAGUUUCUACAAGGUUGAAAUAUGGACAGCUAGGUAAUCACAAAUUAUGUUGAUGGUAUAGUCAUUUACCAAUCAACUAUUUAUAAGAAACUGCGCAAAGCUGUGAUUGUAAAGACAGGCACAAAAUGUCUCUGAUGUAAUUUUGUGCCUAAUGUAUUUUCAAGUUUGCACAAGUUGCGUACAUGUGUACAUAUAGUGGUGUUGCUCAAGUUGUGUGUAGACAUGUGU